AUGAAGGUUCGAGGGCUGUUGGCGGCCACAUCUGUUGGCUCCGCGCGAGGAAUUUCCACUUGCUCGUGUUUAUUUGUGAGAAUCAAGCAAACAGAAAAUGAAAUUGUUCAAAUGUUCCGUUUGGGAGCUCCGAAAGACGACGAGCCCAACUUCAGAAACCAUCUUUCAACAAGGAGAACUCCUUCCUCGAGAACGCUGGACGAGCGGUUCAUAAGAAUCUUGAAGAUAUUUAAGUGGGGUCCAGAUUCCGAGAAGGCUCUGGACGUAUUGAAACUAAAAGUCGAUCACAGAUUGGUUCGUGAGGUCUUGCAGGUUGACGUGGAAAUCAACGUGAAGCUUCAGUUCUUCAAAUGGGCCGGGAAGAGAAGGAAUUUCGAGCACGAUUGCUCGACCUACAUGGCCUUAAUUCACUGCCUCGACCAAUCAGGCCUUCCAGGCGGGAUGUGGAAGGUAAUCCAAGAAAUGAUCAGAGGCCCAUGUGCAAUUGACCCGGCUCAUCUCUCGGAGAUCGUAAAACUAUUGGGCAGGGCCAAGAUGGUGAACAGAGCCCUCUCGGUCUUCUACCAAGUCAAGAACCGAAAAUGCAUUCCAACAGCUGGCACGUACAACUCCAUAAUCAUGAUGCUCAUGCAAGAAGGCCAUCACGAGAAAGUUCACGAACUGUAUAACGAGAUGUGUAGCGAAGGUAACUGUUUUCCCGAUACCGUAACUUACAGUGCCCUCAUAUCAGCAUUCGCGAAAUUGGGCCGUGACGAGUCAGCAAUUAGGCUGUUUGAGGAAAUGAAAGACAAUGGUUUGUUCCCCACAGCAAAAAUAUACACAACUCUGUUGGGUAUUUUCUUUAAACUAGGUCAGGUCGAGAGGGCCAUGGGUUUAGUGAGAGAGAUGAAAGAUAAAGGCUGCGCACCUACUGUAUAUACAUACACGGAGCUGAUAAGAGGGCUCGGCUUGGCUGGGAGGGUCGAAGAAGGUUAUUCGGUUUUCUUGAAAAUGCUCGACGAAGGCUGUGAGCCAGAUGUGGUCCUCAUAAACAACGUGGUUAAUUUACUGAGCCGUGGGGGUCGUCUGGCCGACGCUAUCAAGCUUUUCGAAAAAAUGGAGUCUUUGAGGUGUAUGCCGAACGUCGUGACUUACAACACCAUCAUUAAGGCCCUGUUUGGGUCGAGGGCUCCGAUAUCUGAAAUCUUGGCUUGGUAUGAGAAAAUGAAAGCCAAUGGCGUUGAUCCCAGCUCUUACACUUACUCGAUUCUCAUAGACGGGUUUUGCAAGAAAAAUAAUUUGGAAAAAGCUUUGCUUAUGCUAGAGGAGAUGGAUGAAAAGGGGUUUCCCCCUUGCCCGGCCGCCUACUGCAGCUUGAUCAACGCAUUGGGGCAGGCCAAAAGGUACGAUGCGGCCCACGAGCUGUUUCAGGAGCUGAGGGAAAACUGUGGGCCCUCGAGCGCUCGUGUGUAUGCAGUCAUGAUCAAGCAUUUUGGGAGGUGUGGGCGGAUGAAAGAGGCAGUCCAGCUCUUUGAUGAGAUGAAAAGACUGAAUUGCCCUCCUGACGUGUACGCCUACAACGCGCUCAUGUCGGGGAUGGUGAGAGCAGGCCUGACUGAUGAGGCCCGGUCCUUGCUACGGGCCAUGGAGGGGGAAGGGUGUUGUCCGGACCUCAACUCGUACAAUAUUAUCCUCAAUGGGUUGGCUCGGACGGGUGGGCCCGGGAGGGCGGUGGAGAUGUUUGAGGAGAUGAAGAGAUCGGAGAUGAAGCCGGAUGUCGUGUCUUACAACACGGUCUUGGGCUGCCUUAGCCGGGCAGGGAUGUUUGAGGAAGCUGCGAAGCUGAUGAAGGAGAUGAAUUCGGUCGGGUUUGAGUAUGACAGGAUAACUUACUCUUCGAUACUUGAGGCGGUUGGUAAAGUCGAUCAGGAUUGUAGAAUUGUGGAUUCGGGAACUGGGAAUGUGUUUUUUUAUUAUUAG